CAGGCAGAUUUGAUUCACUCUUCCUCCUCACGUCCGACUGUCUCCUACCUCACCUCUUCACGCACAUCACUUUUCUCGUUUUUCUUUAAAGUCUCUCUAUAAAUCACCAUGGCUGAUACCGCUGUUGACACGACCACCGCCCCCGAGAUCACCGCAAAGGAACUGAAAGAGAAGAAGGAGGUGGUUGAAGAGACACCAAAAGAGGAGGCAGCAAAGGAAAAUGGCAGCGAAGAAGCACCUGCCAAUGGAAAUGGAACAACUAAUGGUGCUUCUCACAAGGAAGAAACCAAUGAUGAUGAAGAGGCCGGAGAGGAUGAGGAGGCAGGAGAGGAGGAGGAGAAGAACGGUGCUGAGGAGGAGAGCGGUGCUGAGGAAGAGGCAGAUGGACAUCCUGUGAAGCGUCCAGCGGAAGAGGAGGAGGCAGUCGAAACAAAGAAACAGAAGACAGAGGAGAACGGAGACUCCACAGAGGCUGAAGUCAAAGCUUAAAGUACUGCUAGCUCUGUCUGUAUGGUCAUUCUGACCUAGUAGAGUUUGUGCUUUCUGUAUAUUUCAGACGUUCUUUUACCGCUACGAAACAAUUUUAUUGCACUGAGGCCCGUAACAUCGCGAACCUGUCCCUUUUUGUACGACCUUAUUUAUUGGUGUUGGACCAAGAUUUAGAACCCUUCGUUUAAAAAAAAUGAAUAAAACGUUAAGGAUGAAAGUUUGUUGGCAUAAGUUUUACAAGCACACAAUUCUACUCUGUUAUUUGACCAGCAGAUACAAACACACACGCAACUGAAAGCCGAAGGUUCUGUCAUUUCCAUAGAUGACAUUUCUGUUUUACUAAAGACCAAAGAUGAGUUUUAAGCUGGGGCUAAUAUACAAUGUUUAACCUGGUUGUGCUGCUAGAAGUUAAUCCCUCGCGUUGGCAGAUCAGUUAACGUAACAGAUGGCUCGUAUGUAUGAGAGGGUUUCCACGGACAACAAGGAUCGCCCGCCCCCUUUUCAGAUGGCCUCUUAACAUGUUAAUUAACCCCUUUUUAAAUCUUUAAAGUUUUUGGUCUUUUGUUCCAUAUGCAUAUAAAAGGAUUGUAUCUUUCUAUCCUGAUGUACAGUUUUGGGGUUUUUGUUUUAUCAUUGUGUUUUAUAUGGGAAGUGCGCAUUGAAACAGUCUAUAAAAUAACAGUAUGUUGGUACUGGUGUUCCUUCAGUCCUUCAAGCAAAUCUUUUUUUUUUAUGAUUGUGUUUUGGUUGCUUUUUGACCACUGCUUUGUAUAGUUUGGUUCAGGAUUAUAAAUAAAAUCGGUCUUGUCUUUUUAAAACAAA